UAUAGAUACUUAUGUAGGUUGUAUGUAGGUACUCCAUUUGAUGCGUUAGCCAGAGAGACAGACGCAAAAUUUAUAAUAUGUAUGUACCUAUGUAAUAUCUGCGUACAAGUACUUCAGUAACCGAAUCCAACAAAUCGUCACGACAUGUCUGCUACGUUUCCUGAAGAAUUUUUGUUCGCAACAGCAACCUCAGCUUAUCAAGUUGAGGGGGCAUGGAAUGAAGAUGGAAAAGGAGAACACAUGUGGGAUCGAAUAGCGCAUACAAAACCUGAUAUGAUCAAGAAUCAGCAUAAUGGAGAUGUGGCCUGCGACUCUUAUCAUUUAUACAAAGAAGAUGUCAAAUUAAUAAAGGAUGCAGGUUUUGAUGUCUAUCGAUUUUCCAUAAGUUGGUCUCGCAUACUACCGAACGGCGAAAUUACCUCGAUCAAUCAAAAAGGCGUUGAUUACUACCAUAACCUAAUAGAUGAGUUACUGAAGAAUGAUAUUCAACCCAUGGUAACCAUGUAUCAUUGGGACUUACCACAAAAAUUUCAAGAUAUCGGAGGAUGGGCAAACCCAUUAAUCGUUGAUUACAUGGAGGACUAUGCUGAUUUACUUUUUCAACAAUAUGGAGAUAAAGUGAAAUGGUGGAUCACGAUAAAUGAGCCAUAUCGAAUAUCAGAAGGGUACGAUGGUAUCUACUUUGUGCCUGCGUUAAAACUGCCAUCUUCCAUAAAGUACAUAGUGUUGCAUAACUGUUUAAGAGCACAUGGUAGGAUAUCUCGAUUAUACAAUGAAAAAUAUCGUCUUCAACAAAAUGGAAAACUGAGCAUUUCUGUAGAUUGCGAAUAUUACGAAGGGAAAACUGAGUCUAAAGAAGAUGGUGACGCAGCCGACAGAGCUACUCAAUUUCAGCUGGAUAUAUUGACUCAUCCAAUCUACAGCCAAGAAGGUGGAUAUCCGAAAAUUGUGCGUGAGAAACUCGAUGAAAUUAGCAGAAAAGAAGGUCGAAAACGAUCGAAAUUACCUGAAUUUACAAAAGAAGAAAUAGAAUCGUUAAAAGGUUCAAAUGACUUUUUCGCUUACAAUCAUUACACAACAAUAUCAUGCACCCCAAAAUUAUCACAAAGUUAUAAUGAACCAACCAGAUCCGAAAAUACAUUCGAAGACGAUACUAGUGCAACGGUCUUAUUCAACCCAGAAUUCUUCGGUGAUGCAGUUUGCUGGGUGAAAGCGGUUCCUUACGGAUUACGAGAAAGACUUAGAUACAUCAAAAAUACUUGUAACAAUCCUCCAAUUUUCAUCACUGAAAGUGGAUAUUGCGACGGUGGCGAGAUGAAUGAUAAAGACAGGAUUUCCUAUUACACAGAGUACUUGAAGGAAGUCUUGAAUGCGAUGAAUAAUUAUCAAUGUAACGUAAUAGGAUACACUGCAUUUUCAUUAAUGGAUAAUUUUGAAUGGUUUUGCGGAUACAAGGUGAAGUUUGGAAUCGUACACGUCGAUUUCAAUGACGAAAAAAGGAAACGUACUCCGAAAUCAAGUUACUAUUUUCUCAAGAAACUUAUUAAAAAUAGAGCAAUACCACCUGAUUAGAUAUGUUACUGGUGAUUGAAUCGUCUUUCUUGGACGUAUUUCAGAAAUUAAUUGUUGAAAUGUCAAGAAAUUAAUGUAGAUACUCAUGUAUUUACCUACCUGGAUAUUUAAAUACAAAAGCCUAAAUAUUCUAAAUAAACAUGAGUUGCAAAGCAUAGCUUAGCCUCAAAAUUGCGUGUAAUAA